AUCAAUAGUGACUACACAAUAACCAUCAUGACUGCAAAUUAGUGUCAGGCAUGCUAACUUGCUACACAUACGUGUCAUAUUAAUCGCAACAGUGAAUCAGACUACGACAGACAGACGCUAAGAGUUUAAAGUCCAGGCUGGCUGACAGUUGGCGCAGACGACGAAACGUUUAUCGUUACAAUGGCUCUGGAAGUUUUUCACAAAAAUGAGACUUUGCAAAUGCGCAGGAAGCUGAUUGGGCAGUCCUGCAGACUCUUUUUCUCCCAUGAUCCCGUGAAAAUAGUGAGAGCACGUGGUCAAUAUUUAUAUGAUGAGAAUGGCAUGCAGUACUUAGAUUGCAUUAGUAAUGUUCAACAUGUGGGACACUGUCACCCCAGCAUCACUCAGGCCGCUGCUGCUCAGAUGGAUCUUCUUAAUACCAACACUAGAUUUCUCCAUGAUAAUAUAGUUCUGUAUGCAAAUCGGCUGGCAGCCACUCUACCAAAGAAACUUAGUGUCUUUUAUUUUGUCAACUCAGGAUCAGAGGCCAAUGAUCUUGCAUUGAGACUGGCCCGUCAAUAUACCCGACAUCAGGAUGUCAUUGUGCAAGAUCAUGCAUAUCAUGGACAUGUCACCUCACUCAUCGACAUCAGCCCAUACAAGUUCCGGAAACUGGAGGGCCAAAAAGAGUGGGUGCAUGUGGCACCUCUCCCUGAUACUUACCACGGUAUCUACCGAGAAGAUCAUCCUGACCCAGGACAGGCUUAUGCAGACACUGUGAAAAGUCUUAUUGAAGAGGUGCAUAAGAAAGGCCGCAAGAUUUCUUCUUUUUUUGCUGAGUCUUUGCCCAGUGUUGGUGGCCAGAUCAUUUUCCCAGCUGGUUACUGUAAAAGAGUAGCAGAAUACGUUCAUGAAGCCGGAGGAGUUUAUGUGGCCGAUGAGAUUCAGACAGGUUUCGGUCGCGUUGGGAGUCAUUUCUGGGCUUUUCAGCUUCAAGACUUCUGCCCUGACAUUGUGACUAUGGGCAAACCAAUGGGCAAUGGUCAUCCUGUUGCAUGUGUGGCCACUACAGAGGAAAUAGCUGGUGCUUUUACAGCUAAUGGUGUGGAGUACUUCAACACAUUUGGUGGUAACCCAGUAUCCUGUGCCAUUGGUCUGGCAGUGUUGGAUGUUAUUGAAAAGGAAGACCUCAGAGGCAACGCUGUGCGUGUCGGAGGUCAUCUUAAACAGCUGCUCCUUCAACUUCAGACUAAACAUCCACUCAUCGGAGAUGUGCGUGGUGUUGGACUGUUCCUAGGCAUGGAGUUAGUUAAAGACCGAGCAUCCCGAAAACCAGCAACAGAAGAAGCAGCACAUGUUGUUCGAAGGCUUAAAGAGGAGCGUAUAGUUAUGAGCACUGAUGGACCAUGGGACAGUGUCAUCAAAUUCAAACCUCCGAUGUGCUUCAGUAUGGAGGAUGCUGAGAGAGUCUCUAUAUGCAUUGACCAAAUUCUUGGAGAACUGGAGAAUACCCACCAAAAAGAGGAAUGCGGAUGAAGAUGAGGUUUAAAAAAACAAGAUUUUUUUUUAAUAUAGUCCAUGCAUUAUACAAGUGCAAACAUUAUACAUUUCAUAAUUGACAGAAAUAAAUAAUUUCUUUACUUAAAUAUGAAUCUGUUUAUAUUCAGGAUAUGGUUAAAAAUACCUAGAAAAGAAAUUCAUUCAUACUACACAUCUGACAGAAUAUUUUUGAAAUACAACUUGGAUAAACAUAUUAAUGUAAACAAAUAUUAAGAUUUUCAUAUGCUUUCAUACUUUACAGACAAACAACACCAUAAAUCACUUUUUGUAAACCUGAUUGUACACAAAUACUUAGCCUCUAUAAUCUUUCUACUACAUUUGUACAGAACUUUUUUUUUUGUUUUUGUUUUUUACAUUUGUGCUCAAGUGUUGUGGUUGUGUUAAAGGGGUCCUAUUAUGCUCUUUUGCAAAGUCUAGAUUUUGUUUUGGGGGUGUACUAGAACUAAAGCUUCUAAAGCUUGGGAGUGCCAGGAUAAAUUUUAAUAUAACUCCGAUUGCAUUCGUCUGAAAGAAGGAAGUCAUAUACACCUAGGAUGCAUGGACGGUGAGUAAAUAAUAUGCUACAGUAGUGUUCUAUCAUCAGCCUGCGAGAUUGCCAAUACAUGAUACUAUGGUGCUAAUGUAUUUAUUUACAUAUUGGAGCUGAUUUCAUGGCCGAAAUCAGCUCCAGCAUAAGGCUAAAAACAGCCUAACAUUAUCAGAGAACAUCAUCACUGAUUAGCCUAGCCUAUUCUAAUCCAAGUUUAUGCAUUUUAAAAAACACUUGCGUUAUAAGUGAAGCUAUCUACGGUGUAUGAUGAAUAAAUCUCUUGUGCGUUACUGCUCUGAAGCGGCCUCUCUAGUCAAUGCUUGUGUUUAUACCCACUGCGCUGCGGCUCGUUGAAUCGUUUCUCCACACUGCAUCGCUACUGUUAGGCUAAUCCCCCACCUCGUCCCUACCCUCCCUCCAACAAUGUGAAUUUCCGUGGGUGGGAUUUAAUUUAAUGAUAUUAUAAUAAACCGCAUUAUGACAUCAUUGCAUGCGGAAAACAAACAUUUUAGUCCAAAGGAGCUGCUCAUUGUAGUUCUUGUUAAGAGAUUUUUAAAAACGAAUUGUCUCCUUUUGGAGUGGGCUUUGAGAUUUGUAACUUUGUAGAUCUUUUUUAUGCCCAAACAUACACACCACACAGUGAGUAAAGUUCAAAAAGUGAAAAAGCAUAAUAGCACUCCUUUAAAUAAUGACACUGAUUCAGUAAUACAUGUGGUUAUGGACAGGAUGAUUUGCCUUUUUUCUGAAAAACAUGUUUAUCAUUUUGUCCAUGUUUUUGCAAAAUCUUUACAGAAGUUUAAAGAAGUACCUUUUUUAGGCACAUAGACAUUAUUUGGAAGUUUACUGAUAUGUAGUUUUAUUUUAUAUGUUAAAAAAUGUAAUUAAUGUUUUACCUGAUUAUAUUAAUUUAUACAAAAUCAUCUUGUGAAGCAUCUGGAACCUGUAAAACAAUAUUUACAUUUUAAAAAUAAUCCUUAAAUUACAAAAUGCAUGUAUGUGUGUGAGCAGGUCUCACCGUUUUGUUGUAAAUAUUGAAUCCUGAACUUACAGUCUGUCUGGCAUUUCUCAGUCUCUCAUAUCCGAGUCCCUCCACGACUAGCAGGCUAAGAGGAGUCCCUCCCUCUUUUAUCAGCCUCACCACUU